UAUAAAUGGCACAUAAGCACCGGGCAGGGCUCAUAUCUGCCGAACACAAGUGAGAUAACAUAUAGCAAAGGACAAAAAUGAUGUUCUCCAACUCGCUGACAUUGUGGGCAGGUGUUCUGCUUAUUCUGAGCAUCACUUUAUGGAGCAGCACAACAGCUCAAAGUGAUGUGGCAGCAGAUUGCUGUUUAACCACCAGCGACCGACGGAUCCCGAAAAGGGUUGUGAUGUCUUUUACCAUUCAGACUGGAGAUGGACCAUGCAAAAUUCCUGCCACUGUGUUUGUCACAAAGAGGGGCUUUAAACUCUGUGCACCCUUUCCAAGCGAGAGUUCAUGGGUCACUGAACUGAUUUAUAACAUAAUAUCAGGACCGAAGCCCAAAAAACCAAAAGGAAAGAAACAUAGAAAACUGUAAACAGUUUCCUCACAGAUUAUGCAGCUCCAACCUGAUGUCACACUACAAGUUUACUACACAUUUACUAUAGUACUGAUCCUGGCUUAUAGUACUCAGCCGUAAUUGUAAAUGUAGUGUGUUCACUACAUGUGGACUUUGGUCAAAGUGUGAAUUUGAUGUGAUAGGAAUAAGCAUUUCAAGAUAUGAGUUAUUGCUGAGAUGUGAACCCUUACACAUAGUCUAUAUGAAGAGAUAUUGAUAAGUUGUUUUAUUGUCUAUACGCAAAUGUUUAGUUUGUAUUAAGCUACUGUUUUUCUGAGCCAGUAAAUGAGAUGUUAUUUUUUCUAUGUUUUUUGUAAUAAAUAAAUAAAAUACCAUACAUGUUAAA